CAGUAAGAUUGGAUUUUUACCAUUUAUAGCAAUGGCUAUCAACUGUACUGCAGGGAUUGAGGUUUUGGUGGCAGCUCCAGAGCGGUAUUUGGGUGUGCGAGACUUGAUAUCAUAAGAGUUACAGGGUGUGUUAAGUGGUGGUUUUUCUUUUCAGGUGUUUGGCCUGAAACUAAAUAGUUUUAAAUAGUGGAGUAGGGUGGUGUACUUGUUUAUUAUGUGAGAAAUUUUUGGGUGAGUGUUGUGUUAGAUGGCAGAGUAUUUGUUUAUUUAUUUUUUCAAACAAGGUAGAAGGGAGUUAUACUCCAGUCUAGUAGGUGGCGGUAAUGCAAAAAAAAUGUUGGUUGAAAAAGAAGUCACCGAAGAAGAAGAAGUGGACUGAUGACGUAAUGACCUAAGAUGGCGACAAACCUGCUCAGGAAAUCUCCUUCGUCCUCAAAUAAAUUCAAUAGUGCAAACAUGACGGAUGAUUUUCAACUACAUCUCGACUCAAGCGACGACGACGCUCCAGAAGAGGUGACCUUCGAAGAGUCAAAGGCUUCUGCUCUACUGAGCAUGAAAAAUGCGUUGGAGACAUCUAAAAGAGAAAAGGAUUUGCUCAAAGAAAAGCGAAGGAAGAGACAGGAACUGUUUCAAGAACAGAAGAAAAGAAGACUUCUCCCUGCACAUAUUCUAGAAGAAAUUGCCACAGCUCCAUCAAAAAAACAGAAGCUACCUGGAGAUCAAGAGGCAAGCUGUUCAUGGGAGGGGCGCAAAGGAUCGAAAGAAGGGUUUGAGAAAGGGACGAAGAAAGGAUUCAAGGGAAAUAUCCGGAGUCUGAAGGGUAACUACAGCGUAAUGAGGGUGGCGGACCAAUCUUCAACCAACUCCCAACAGCAGACAGCCAUGGAUUUCAUACAGGCUAGACUGUAUGGCCCGGGAAGUCAGAGGACGACAAACAAUGAGCUUCUCUCCCUUCAAAAUAAGAGAGGCCCAAAUAAAAGUGCGGCCAUGCAGUUUGUGAAUAAGAAAUGGGGCACAGAGAAGAAAGCAAAGGCGGAGAAGUUGAAGAAGCAAUGGAUUCAGAAACAGAAGGUUCCCUCAAGCUGAGCAAAUAGGGAAAAUAUGGGGUGGACACCAAUCGGGUAAUCGCCCUUUCACCGUGCCCUGAUCUGAAGGUGCUGGAUAGGUUGAAUAAUUAUGGUUAUAGAUCAAACUAGCCUUCUGAUUUGGGUCAAAGUGCUUUCACCUAUCCAGGCCAUUGAGGAGCUGGAUCAAGCAUCUCCGAGUAGAAGUGCUGAUCAUGUAAUUUGUCAUUGAUGUAAAAGAGGAAAACCGAACCUGAAUCAGAACAACUACUCUGAUACAAUUGAUAAAUGACUGCCAAGUAGACCAGCUACUAAGUUGCACCUUAUGUGGAACGAUCCCAAAAACUCUGAAGUUGGAGCCUCGAGGGUAAUUCAUGCGGAUGUUAGAGGGCCUUUUUACUGAAGAAUGCGAUUUCCCCCAUGAUUGUUUUGCUUUUCAUGUAGUGUAAUUGGUGUGUGCCACACUGAAUAAAAAUGUAAAUGCCACA